CGCAGAUAUGUUCCCCCUCUGCCGCCUGCUUGCCUGCCGUGCCCAGGUCCCUUCCCACCUGGUUCGCUAUCUUUCCGACUCUCAGCCUCCCUUCUGCAUCCAACGCCUGGACCACCUGGUGCUGACUGUGCGCAGCCUGGACAGAACCAUCAACUUCUACACUAAGGUGCUGGGCAUGGAAGCCACAACCUUUAAGGGAGGCAGGAAGGCUCUGAGCUUUGGGAUGCAAAAGAUUAAUCUGCAUGAGGCUGGGAAAGAAUUUGAACCGAAAGCGUCUGUCCCCUCCCCGGGAUCAGCUGACCUGUGUCUCAUCACCGAGACGCCACUCAGCACUGUGGUGCAACACCUAAAGGCCUGCGGUGUGCCUGUAGAAGAAGGGCCGGUGAGUCGGACAGGCGCUGUUGGAGAAAUCAUAUCGGUUUAUAUGCGGGACCCUGACCAGAAUCUGAUAGAGGUGUCAAACUAUGAGUCGGAUAUUAAGAAGAAAUAAUCAGGGGGCCGUCCCUGAGAUAUACAGUAUAUUGGGGAGCUUUUUCAGUAUCUUAUCAUAGGGCCAAGGGGCAUAACCAUUUGCCUGCAGGGGGAGAUGGAUGUGGAUCUGCUUAUUUUAGGGCUUGGAGAGAAUAGAGAUUCGAGGGUAAGAGAUGUAUAAAAUCAUAUGUAUAAAACACUAUAGGAGGCGUCACAUGAGUGCUUCUCCGCAGGCUGGCAAUACGCCUCGUGUGGCCUUACCCUUAGGGUCUGGUAAUGAGGCCAGUUAUGCCUUGGGGAAUACCAGACUGCUGAGUGUUAUACACAUAAUAUAAAGAGAAGUCAGCAAAAUAAUCAUAGAUCUGUUUUCUCUUUGCUGGGCUCACUAAUUAUCAUUUGUACCUGGGACAAAAAUAAAUAAAUAAAUAAAAAUUAAGACCAGCUGCAACUUUGCUUCUUUCCAUUUGCAUGAUACUGAUAGGAGGAGAGCGUCCCCUUUAGUGGGCAGCACUAGAGCUGUAUGCACUUAUUGCUUCCACGUAACACAUGAAGUGCAAAUAUUUGUGCCUGUUUCCAAUAAAAUAGUAUUUUGC